AUUUUUAUUGAAAAAAAAAUCUAAAUACAUCAUGUGGUUGGGAGGCUAUUGAUAAAGACAAUAUCACCGUCCAUGAUUCUUCUGUGCACAACCUGACCAAGCCUCAAAAACAUAUGGCCCGAACAACAGUUCUUAAAGCCCCAAAUCUCAUUUCCAGAUCAUCGAGCGGCGCCCCCUCUACCUCUAGUCAAGCUCUGCUUUGAUCUGAGACGAGGGCAGCGGCUUGAAGACGAUCGGCUAAAUGGCACGGCGCGGUACUAGACCGUGGUGGGGGGAGAGGGACGAGCGGUUCCACACUUGGGAGCGUAGCGGCAGCACAGGAGGACGCGGGCGGGCUUGGAAGAAGAUGGGCAAGAAGGGAGGGAGAAAAAUGCAGAUCUGUUGCUUCAGAGAGAAAGAAAGAAAAACGCAGAUCUGUUAUAAAAUCAACCCUUUAUAUAGUGGUUUUUUUGUAAAUAAAAAGAAAUGUGAGGACAAAAUGAGGAUAUCAGGUCAAUUUCAUUAAUAAAUGUUUAGGCGAGAAGCUCCCGCGGAAGUAAGAAUCGGGAGCUUCCGGCCUUUUUGCAAAGGAAAAGUGAGAAGCUGAGCUUUUUAAAAACUGCAGCCACUUUAGGAAGCUACCCCAUUUGGUUGGUUUGUGCUUUUAAAGUAAAAAAAAACUCUUUUC